ACUGCGGGGCGGCGGUCGGCCGGCCGGAAGGGUGCCGGGCGGGCCCGGGGCGCCGCGGCUCCGGGAGGGGGACCCUCCUGGCUCACCUCAGGCGGCGACUCCAAGUCCGGCCUCUUCGCGUCGAGGACGCCGCUCCGCAAGUCGCGAGUUUGGAGGCACUGGCGGGUAUCGGAGGAGACCGCGGCGGACUAACGAGAGAACCGACGGAUCACCACGGGCGGCGGGCGGGGAGCGCAAGCCAGCGAGGGCAGGCGGUGGCGGGAGGGCGGGGAGCGACGUGCGCGUCCCCGAGAGUCCAGCGGGCUCGAGCCGGCCUCAUUCGCGGCCCCGUGCACACGCGCGCACUCACAGCUCAGCCGCGAUUGCUCAGGAGCGCGUCCACGCCCUAACAGCAAAGCGCUUAUCCAAUCAUUGCCACCGCGCGGGGCAUCACGGGAGCUCCGGGACUAUAAAAGACCUGGUUGCUAUUUUAUACUCCUCGGGUCACUCAUCCGUAAAGCAAGCAGGGUGGGGCUAGGUGCGCGUGCGCGGUUUUAAUACUCCUCCCCAAACUGCCAACUCUUCGCGCAAGUGAGGUAGGCCUUCCCGGCCUGGGCGUACGCGUGCGCACUAACGGGCCUGACCCUGGAAGACCAGGCGCCUGCGCGGUGAGGACUACGGUGACAGGCCCUGAGGUGGGGUGCGGGCCGGUCAUGGCGGAGCCCUGGUCUGGGCAGUCAUUGCAGGCUCUACCGACCACGGUGCUAAGCGCCCUGGGCGCCCUGAGCAACGAGUUCCUGCGGGAGUGGGAGGCGCAGGACAUGCGUGUGACCCUCUUCAAGCUCCUGCUGCUGUGGUUGGUGUUAAGUCUCCUGGGCAUCCAGCUGGCGUGGGGGUUCUACGGGAGCACGGUGACCGGGCUGUAUCACCGCCCAGGUCUGGGCAGCCAGAACGGAUCCACACCUGAUGGCUCCACGCAUUUCCCAUCGUGGGAAACAUCAGCAAAUGAACCUCUCAAAACUCACAGAGAAUAAGGGAAGGCAGCAGAGGGGUCUCCAGGGGCGCAUUCCAACACUGGAUUCUGCUACUGCCCAGACUCCAGGAUGACAAGGGUAUCAAGGUUGGGGGCUGGGAGGACCCCAGUGCUUACAGGGCUGGGCCUCUGCUGUCCGAGGCCUUGCCUUCAUCAGCCCCAGGCACUGGGUGAAGUUUGUCUCCACCUCUCUCAAGGGUGGAGAAACUAACACCUGUCUUCUGUCCUGGCUUUCUGCUUUCCCUCUUCCCAUUCCCCUGGGGUAUAACCCCAUACAGAUUUGUCUCCCUGAGAGGAAGUUUGAGACUUCCCAGCUCUGGAAUUUAUAAGGGAAGUCUAUUCUUCCUCAAGCCCUGGGUUUCUUGGUAUCUCUGAUUUUUGCUUUGUUGGCAAGGAAUCAGGUACCUGCCUGAUUCUGGUCUGGGUCAGACCUUACCCUUUGUGAUUUUAACUGACCAUUCAGAUAUAAGGCCUGAUGGUAGGGGCAGCUGGCACCAUCCACAAAUGGAGGCACUAAACAUCCACCUUCCUGGCCCAUCUGGUGUGAACCAGACAAAGGAAAUUGCCAUUUCCCAAGUGUACUACUCAUCUUCCUCUCAACCCAUCUCGGAGGAAGCUGGGUUCUUGAAAGGAGCAGCCCACUGGCCAAGCCCUUGGGGUGGCCUUCCACCUCCACCACUGAAUACACAUGGGAUCCUGGGUUGGCAUCCUGCCCUCACUGGGAGGUACUGAGCAGUUAGUGUAGAAUGGUCUCAUCACUUCCCACCUUGACCUGGAACAGGGGCCUCAUCCAAGAACCCACAGGCAUAGCUCCCCACCACCAGCACCAUCUCAGCAUCCAGAAGCCCUCAAUGGGAAGUCACAGACCAAGCAGGACUACCAUCGCCACAAUGGGCCAGGGAAGCUUCCAAAGACAUAGGUGGCAAACAGUCACAGAAACACCAGUUCCCGAAAGCAGUAUGGCUCUGGACCUGCUUCCUGCUCUGACUUUGGCCACACUGCUGCCUGCCUCUGCUGGGCCACUGGCUACCUCAGUGUCCUGCUGCCUGCUUCUUCUGUCUGAUGUCACAUUUCCAUUUGGUACCCUUUGCCUGAGCUGUCUUUGCAGCAGAGGUGCACUGGAAAUAGAGCUACACUAAGCUCAUGUACACAUACCCACCCCAGAGAUAUCUUCUGAACAGCAGGAUGAUGGUCUUGUCAGGUUCACUCACCACCCCCCUACACACAAUCAGGCCUCACUUCUCCCCCAGGCUCAACUGAGGAUGGAGCUUAUUAAACACAGAAGUUCA